UAUGAAAAAGAUAUAUAUUGGCAAAACUGCCCUCAAAACCCAGAGAAAUGGUUGCAAACAUCAGAAAAGAAGCUCAUUCCACGACCACAAGGACGACCUCCGUAAGCGCCUGUCGUACACCACCCACAAACUAGAAAUGGUGGAAUCGGAGUUUGACUCAACUCGGCAGUACCUCGAGACGGAGCUGCGCCGGGCCCAGGAGGAACUGGAGAAGUUUACAGAGAAAUUACGCAGGAUCCAGAGUAGUUAUGCAGCUCUGCAGAGGAUUAACCAGGAUUUGGAGGACAAGAUGCACAGGACGUCCCAGAACCAUGAGGAGGAGAAGAGAGCCCUCAGCCGGGAGAUCAUCGUCCUCAACAACCACCUCAUGGAGGCGAAGAUCACCAUUAAUAAACUCAGAGAGGACAAUGACCUGUACAGGAAAGACUGCAACCUGGCCGCCCAGCUGCUGCAGUGCUCCAAGUCUCACUACAGAGCACACAAGAUGUCUGAGCUGCCAGUUGAUUUUCAGGAACGCAUCAGUUCCCACAUGGAGAAACAUAAUCGGGGCAGCGGCGCCACCAUGGCAAUGUGCCACACCAAUUACACUGACGCCGUGCCCGCGGCUGUAAUUGCCAAGGUCCUGGAGAAGCCAGAACCAGGAAGCAGUUGCCCUGUGACACGCUCGCCAAGUCCACUGCCGCCAGACGGAGUCUUUCUUACAGGAUCGGGAAGCACUGAUCACCUGAACCGUCGCAUUUCAUAUAAAUCCUCGGACUUGUACUGCAGCGAUACUGCUCUCUACUGCCCCGAACGAUGGCAGGAUACGGAGCGCAGGCAGAGCGUUGACCUACAUGGCACCGCGCUGCUUCAACUCCACGCCCAGAACUCCACUGACAGCAACCCGGAGGAAGAGGCGUACAACUCUGGAAGUUUCUCCCAUGAACCUUCAGCCUCCUUCCACCACCAUCACGAGUUUGGGACUGGUAGCCUCCCUGCUUCCAGUUCUUACUCCAGCUUCAGCCUGGCAUCAGACGAGAAGGGUGGAGUGAGUGGUGGAUGCGGGCGCACUGCCAGCAGCACUUUAUCCUCCUCUCACCAGGGGCUCUACAUGGACUGGCGAGAUGGUGGCAGUGGUGACUAUGAGCGCAAAAGCAUGUCUUCCUAUGACAAAGACAGCCCAAGUUUCCCAAAGUCCCACAGCAUCCAGCACAUGGCGGCCCCCAGGAGCCCGCAAAAGGGCACGUCACCAGCCUACACGAGGACGGCUUCUUGCUUCAGUGAACCAUACCACUCCAGCUCCCUUCGACUGGCCUCUUCCCAGAGUAUGGGAUCUACAACCGGACUGGGCCCAGUUCGUGACCGAGUUAUGGACAGUAGGGGUGAUAUCCAGGUCCCAGAGGACGACCUGAGCAGCCGUUGGAGACAGCUCAGUGUGGAAGACAUCAACACCUUCUCAUCUUCCUAUCGUAACCUCACAGGGCGGGUCUCUCCGUACAGCUUCUCUGAGCGCCACUUUGCCAUGGGCCCCUCCAGUAAGGUCAAGGGAUCUCUCUACAGCAGCUUCCAAGAUGGAGAUGACGUCUUCCAUAGCCACAUGCUGGACCAGUGUUUUGCUGUGGGCCCCCCUUCGCCCAGCCGCAGUCCUAAACCGAUGGAGCACCAUAAGCCGGAGAAAACGUCUAUGCUGUACAGAGCCAAGGACGACAGUCAGGACUCAGAGUGCAGUCUGUUCCUCUCAGGGAGCUCAAAAGACAAGGAGAGCAGCAUGGGGGCCAGCAGCGCCAAGAAGGACUACGUAAAUCUGAGCGCGGACAGCUCGGCCGAGUCCUUACAUCACAGCUCCCUCGAGGCCUCGAGUCUUCAACACUACCCGAGCCCCCGACCCAGCGUCCGGCCUCGCCCGAGCUCCAGCUCCGCCCUCAGCGUCGGCCCCGCACUCCCAAAGAAGACCUCUCUAAGAUACCAAAAAUUUGGCAGCACGGGACUGACGAGGAAGGACAGUUUGACCAAGGCACAGCUGUACGGUACACUGCUGAACUGAACCCAGGAAGAGAGCUUUUCAUUUUAUGCAUGACGAUGAUGAUGAUUCCUAACUUACUGUACUGUAUGUCUCCCUGCAGCAAACAUACUUGGUGUGAUGGGAUAUUAAGAUGUUGCUGUUUCAUGUAUCUCUUAGCCAAGGCACGUUUCAUACAGCCUGCAACAAUUUUUCUAUUGUGUGUCACACGGUGUAGCUACCUGAGACCAGCUAUUCAAUGUUUUUAACUGAGGAGGAUGAUAAGAGCCUCUCGGAUAAAGUUCACUGAGACAUUCAACGCAGACCUGUGGACAAUUUACUCUUAUUUUGGUGUAAAGUACUGUUAGUAAAAUCAGCAAAAGACCAUUAACUCUUGCUCUAGUAUACACAGAAAAGAUAAUAAAUAAAGUGCAUGUAAUGGACGAACAUUAAUUACUCAUGUUUGGGAGAGUUUAUCUGAUACAUACCCUGCAAAUAACCUGUUAAAAAGAUUUAUCCUAAUUCUGUUAAAGAUGCUGUACAAUGCACAUAGGUGAGAUGAAAAAAAGUUUUUUAGCUAAAUUGUUUCUCAUGGGAACAUUAUCUGAAA